GUCACACGACCAAACUACCCAACUUUGAACGUUGAAACUGCGCCGUGUGUACCACUGUUUCAGAGCACAAUGUCACCAAAAAGUGGCAUCCAUUCAUCGGAAUCUGACGACGUUGACUGUAACUUGAAGGAGACUGAGCUCACCCUGAGUCUUCCGGGUACCAAAACUGGCACAAAACGUGGCUUCUCCGACACCGUUGAUCUUCAUCUCCGAAACUCAAAGAGUACUACUUGUGAAAAUUCAGGAAAUAACUUCUUGCGCUCCGCCACUAAAUUCCCAACACCCAAGGCACAUGUGGUGGGGUGGCCGCCGGUGAGGGAAAGCAGGAAGAAUGCGAUGAAGAGUUGCAAGUACGUGAAGGUGGCAGUCGAUGGAGCUCCAUAUCUAAGAAAAGUGGAUCUUGAAAUAUAUGAGACUUAUGAGCAUCUACUGAGGGCCUUGGAGACCAUGUUUUGUUGCUUAAUCAUUCGUAAUCAUUUGAUGAUUGAGAGGAAACUCAUAGACCCAGGAAAUGGGAUUGAAUAUAUGCCUACGUAUGAGGACAAAGACGGUGACUGGAUGUUGGUUGGGGAUGUACCUUGGAAGAUGUUUGUUGAAUCAUGCAAGAGAAUAAGGCUUAAGGUUAGCUCAGAGGCCAGUGGCAUAGGUCAGAGGACUACUUCAAAGUUAGCAGAAUAAAUAGUGUAAUUAAUGAUCAUACGUUGAUAAACAUUUAAUAAUAUUUCAUUUCCGAUGACACCUUCAAAAUGUACUAUCUGCAGUUAGACAUUAACUUAGGG